AUGCUGGAAGAACUAAUGUCUCUUUUUACGAAUAUCUACGAGAUACUUGAUUCCUCAGGCACCAUGGGAGCAUUGGUGGCUUGGCUGAUCAGCUAUAAGCCAGUCUUGUUUGGGUUCCUAUUCCUUCUGCUACUGCUUAGCAACUGGCUGGUCAAGUAUGAAUUUAAACCCACCUCCCAGGAUCCCAAGCAGGACAAGAUCCUUGAAAGACUUAUGUUCAGUGAAAUGAAGCUGAAGGUCCUAGAAAAUCAGAUGUUCGUCGUAUGGAAUAAAAUGAAUCACUACAGGAGGUCGAGCUGUCAGCGGCUCCCCGUGGGGAAGCACAGGCUGAGGAGGCAGGAGUCCAUCGUCUCCACCUUCACCGAGUGCACCUCCAACUCCCCCUGAGGGCAGACGGGUGGGCCGGCCUCCUCUGGCGGUACCUUUCCUCAGUAAAACCGUCAGAGACUGUGGGAUUUUCUUAGUAAAUCACACUGCAGAGGAUGCCUGGAGGCUGCAAGGUCACCUCUGGGAAAGAAAUCUAUUCACCAGGUGAGCCAGACAGCACCCUAGGACACAACCUGCCAGCUUGGGUGC